AUGAACCACCUCGGCCCCAGCACCACCAGCACCCUCACAGUCACAAUGUCCAAAACCGACCCCUCCAACUACCCCCUCAUCCGCGAGCUGCUCCAGCACUACCCCUCCUCCUCCAGCAGCAGCGACGCCCACCCCUCGUCAUGGCUCUCCGACCCGGGCGUGCUGCAGGUGCUGAGAACCAACAUGCCAACCGGCUACUCGGACCCCACGCUCCUGAGCCGGACGGGGCAGCUGCUGAUGUAUGGGUGCCCAAAGGCGAGCUGGAGGCACUGUCUAGUCGUUGAGGGCCUGCCGUGGAGCACGCUCAAGCAGGAUCUGGAGGCGCUGUUUGAGGUGCAUGACAAUGUUGAGCCACCAAUUAUCCUAGGGAACGACAAGGCGUUUAUGGCGUUGGUGUACAUGACGGGGAGCAAGGCGUGUGAGGUUGCGAUUACAGACCUGGACGGGGCUGUGGUUGGCGGGGAGACGUCAUUGAGGGCGAGAUAUGCUGGACACGCGGAUUUAGAGCGGGCUUUGAAAGCUCAAGGAAGGGGUUCGAUUUCUUGA